AUGUCAGCCAACACCGUUCCCUACCCUUUCCAGUUCGACUCUGCUGCCACUAGCGGGCCUCAGGAUGGGACCACCACCAAUGUCGAUAUCAGCAUCAAGAAUGUGCGCGGAAAGAUUCCUUCUCUCCAGGCGGCGCGUCUACGCACAAUGAUGCUAGAAGCUCGCAAUGACCCCACCAAGAUUCUUGCCCACGCCUGCACCUAUGACGGCCUGUCUUCACGUCUUGUGGAGGAAGCAGGCUUCCCAAUGGUCUUCCUUGCUGGUUAUGCCGUGGCUAGCUCCUACGGCCUGCCUGACACUGGGUAUAUUGCUAUGGCUGAGAUGUGUGACAAGAUUCAGGAGGCGGUUCGUCAAGUCUCGGUUCCCGUCAUGGCGGAUGGAGACACUGGUUACGGCAGUCCGAUGAAUGUGAAGAGAACUGUUGAGAGCUUUGCUGCCGCAGGUGCUGCGGGUGUUAUGAUCGAGGAUCAGCGCUGGCCAAAGAGAUGUGGACACACCAAGGGCAAGGACGUCGUUUCUCGAGAAGAGGCCUACGCCCGUAUCCAGGCUGCCGUCGACGCUCGCAAUGAAGGAAGAGAUAUUUUCAUCCUUGCUCGGACAGAUGCACUGAUUUACGGCUGGGAGGAAGCUAUGGCCCGAGCCAAGGAGUUCAUGCGCAUCGGCGUGGAUGCCAUCUUUGUCGAGGCUUUACCUGAUCGAGAGGCGAUGAAGCGCUGCGCUGAAGAGAUCAGCUGCCCUGUCUUUGCCAAUAUCAUCGAAGGAGGCAAGACUGAGAACCUGUCCGCGAAAGAACUUGCUGAGCUCGGGUACAGUGCUGUUGCAUACCCCUGGACAUUGGUUGCUGCUCACCUGAAGAGUGUUCGGGAGGCUUUAGACGGAUUGAAGAGAAGUAUGACUACUGGAGCGCCGCCGAUGAUUCUUACCUACGAUGAGGUGUGUGAGGGUGUUGGUUUCAACAAGUAUUGGGACCGAGAGGAGAAGUACAAGUUCAACUAG